AUGGUUUUCUCAGUGGAGGUAUUCUUUCCGAAAAAGGGAAAGAAAAAAAAAAAAAACUUGAGAGGGGGACACAAUGCGAUUUAUAACUAUGUUAACGAAAUGGGGCGUGUUGCAAGUUGUAGUCCGCACGCAGAACAAGCAGAGCAUACCUCACAAGAAGCAAUCAUAAGAAUUACACACAAUGUGAACGAAGAAGACGAAGAAGAUGAAGAAGAACAAAAGGAAGAAAAACUUUGA